ACAUUCAUUGUCUGAAAGCCAAGACUUUUCUUCUUUGAUCAAUAAAAUUCAUCUCAUGCAAUACUAGUACACACAAAGUUUUCCAGGAAGCAGAUUAAAGAACAGUGAGCAAGUUAGCUAUCUUCAGCACACAAAGUUUUACGAGAAUGGUAGACUUAUUAUUACAAGUUCUUCUAUGGAGUUUCUAUCUCCUCUCUCUUGUUCUACACCUUUUUGAAGACCUGAAAAAAUUAGCCUUUUCCAUAGCUCUAACUCUCAACUCUUCUCCUUCAGCAUCUACUUUGUCACGGUAUCUCUCUUGGGUUGGGUCUCUUUUUGCGAGAAUUCAGAGCAUUUACCAUCACACCCAAGGCCAGAUCAGGUCGAAUGUAAAAAGGUGGGUUUUUGAGCAGCAUGGUGAAGAAAACUAUGAAGCAAAGAAUUUGGCACAUAUCAUAAGCUGCCAAGACAGUAACAGUAAGAUGAAAGAAAAGAAUGAAGAUAAAAAAGGUAUGCAUGAAAUACUGCAUAGUUCACAAAAGAAGUCUGGUCUUUCGGGUAAUAGAGGGAGUGCUAUCAAUAGUAAGUUGCGAAUGAGGCCUGCGAAGCUGUUUGUGCCGGAUUUUUGUCCAAGGCAGGAGUUCAUUGAAAUGGGACUAAAGAAGUUGAAAGAGGACAAAAAGGAAUUUGAGGUGGAAGGGAGGGAUUUCUGCUUGGCAAGUAAGAAAGGUGCUAGAAGGGAGUUCAUGGAAGAUGGGCACAGAGAAAUGGUUGAUAUAAUGGGAGAUCCCAAGCAGGCAUUUUUUGCUGUGAUCGAUGGGCACGGAGGUUGUGCAGCUGCUGAUUAUGUAGCUGAAAAUUUAGGGAAGAACAUUAUGAAAGAGCUUGAACAUGUUGGAGAGGAUCAAGAACAUGAAUUGCAGCAGGCUAUUCGCCAAGGCUACUCAGUCACAGACAAGGGCUUCCUUAGUCAGGGUGUGAGCAGUGGAGCAUGUGCAGCCAGUGUGGUGUUGAAGGAUGGAGUGCUACAUGUAGCGAAUGUAGGAGAUUGUAGAGUAGUUUUGAGUAACAAAGGAGUAGCAGAUGUAUUAACAAAAGACCACCGUUUGAGUAGUGAAGAUGAGCGUCUCCGAAUCGAAAACACUGGUGGCUUUGUGCAACAUUGCCGCAACGGAGUUUGGAGACUUCAAGGCUCACUUGCAGUUUCUAGAGCAAUUGGGGAUCAACAUCUGAAAGAUUGGGUCAUUUCCGAACCAGAAACUAAAACGAUUCCUCUAACUUCAGAUUGCGAGUUCUUGCUAAUGGCUUCGGAUGGCUUGUGGGACAAGGUAGAUGAUCAAGAGGCAGUGAAUGUGGUUUUAAAAGAGAAGGACUCACUGAAGUCUUGCAAGAAGCUUGUGUAUAUGUCUUCAAGCAGAGGGAGCAUGGAUGACAUAACUGUUAUGGUGAUCAACCUUCGAAGCUUUUUGGCAGCUGAUCAUCUUCCGUGAAUAACAUCAUGAGGUGUAUAUAUGGUGGAGGGUAGAAGAACAGCAGAUUUCAAAUUGCAUUGCAGAAGAUGCAAAUUUCAGAUUUUCAUACGAUUGACGACUUGACGUCGGUUUUCCCUUUGCGUAGAUGUGUGAUUCUCAUGAACGAAUUAGAAAAUGGCCGAAAUCAAAAUUUUGUACAACAUUCUAGCCAAAUUAAUAUAUUCAUUCAUUAAUUUGUUUUUGUCAUUUCAGACGAUAAAAUCCACCUUAAGAGAUGAAUUCUUCCCAAUUCUUAUCCAUUAAUAUAACGAUUUGAGGAU